UCAAUGUCAAUGCUGAUUGUCAAGUCUAAAUUGUCACGCGCGCACAGUUGUUUAUUUUUGUCGCCUGAGUUGAAUUUAAAUUUAAUUUAAUUGAAGCCAAUUUGUAACAAUUUUUACAUUAUUUCACCAUGGCUCGCAACUGCAAUGAAAACGACGAUGAAAGUAUAGACCCCACUUCAAUAACAUCAAACGUAAAGAGCUCUGUAAAGCAAGACAUUAUAAAAGAGCUCCUGCAGGGGUCAUUCCAAGAUAAUAAGACAAAACUUGGCAACGAUGCUCUAUCUCUGAUCGUGGAAGUUGCCAAGUGCCUGGUGACUGAGACCUGCCUGCGAGCAUCCAACCAAGCUCUGCGCGAGAACUGCGACAAGGUUGAGUUGGAACACGUUGAGAAGUGCCUUCCGCAACUGAUGCUGGAUUUUCCAUAAGGAGGUUUAUAUAAUCCGAACAUGACUUUGUGACUCUUCUGUCUUUGGACACCUAAGUGUCAAAGCACUGUGGGCUGAAAACUUUCAUAUCUUGCAUUUCCAUCUGAUUCAGUAUAUUGAAGUCUGCACUUGCACAAGUAUUCAAUGUGUAUUUGAUAAGAAAUAUACUUGAAUGAGGUUUGAUGGCACUGGUAGUAAAAAGUUGGUCUUCUUGUAUUGGCACUUGCUGUUAGGAAGCUCAGUCAUUUAAUUAAUAGGCUUAGUAGCCCAUUGAAUUUACUCUAACAAUUCUAAGAAUAUAUUCUUGUUACCUAGCUAAUUAAAACAAAAAACUUGAAUUUAAUUAAAAACAUGUUUGAGAAGUAUUUAUUAAUGGUAUGUACCUAUUAUUUAGUAUGUAUGAAUCUUGUGUUCAAUUUUAGAAGUUUAUGUACAAAACUAGCCUUUCAAGGGAAAUCUAAUGGUCUUAACAAACUCCUAUUCUUAAUGCAGAUUUUAAACAUUGUAAGCAAGUUAAAAUUUUAGUACAAAUAUCAGAAUUUAUAAAUAGUUACUAAAGUUGUAAAAGUAGUUUCUACUACAUGACAAUAUGGUUGAAAAUAAUCUGCGCCAGAAUGCCACAAAUUUUUUGAUUGAAUAUAAUGUUCAUCUUUCUUUUUUUAAUUUGUAUCAUAUACAAUCUUUGUACCAAGUCUUUUUAUUUAAAUGUUUUUAGAUUUUAAAGCUGUAAGUACACAUUUCCCAAUUGAUAAGAAAUGUGAAUAAUUUAUUUGAAAAUUUGUAAAAAGCAAUAUAUUCAUCACUGCAAAAAGUUAUUUUAAUUGUUGAGGACAAUCCUCAAUCUUAUUCUUUAAAAAUUACAAGUGAACUUUGUGGCGUUUUAGUAAAACGUCGCAAGUAAGAGAAAUGAAAUAAUUAAAAAAAUAUAAAAUAAAGACACUUUAUUAGGA